GCUGCUGCACUCCGCUCCGGCCCGAACAGCCGCCUCUCCUCCCUCGCUCUGCCCGGGGCUCGCGAGGCGCCGCGCGGAGCCGGGCAACCGCCGAGGAAAUGAACGCCCCGGCUCUAAUUAAACGGACUAGUUAAUGAGAAUACUAGUUGCGACUGAGGAAACCGGCACGAGGAGACGUUGUCAACAACCCGCCCCUCCCUCCCCCCCCCUCCUUCUCCUGCUCUUCCUACUCUGCCAUGGCUCCGCGCUCCGUCUGGUCUCGUGCUGCUGUCUACGCUAAAUCGGCGGACCGAGAUACGGACAGUUCCGCUGUGAUGAGGUGAAGACGGGGCGAGCCGCGAGAUCAAAACUGGGGGGCCAUCCCAGAGAUGAUCGUAUCAUGUGUUUUUCUAAUUGUAAUUAGCCAUUUUAUUUAUUUAAUUCCUCACUUGUCACCGCGAGGAUGAUGAUGUUGAUGAUGAUCGGGGCGGUGAUGAAGAUGACGGCGGUGUUUUGGCGACUGGGUGACAACGGGGGACCCCCCCCCCCUCUCCAGUUCCUCGUCCUCCUCAUCCUCACUUCCUUGCGCUGCCACCCCUCCAUCCAAUUAGGCUAUCAUCCAUCCAUCCAUCCGGUCUACACACGGUAGGACUGUCUCGUGCCUUUCCGGGGGUGUCUGGCUGCCUGCACGCGGGACGCCGAAGUGAGCUGCAGGUGUGAGGGUCUCGUGACGGAUUGUCAACAAACGUUCUUAGGAGCUUUCUGGAAGCCGUUUCCUUUCAUCACAACACCAGACAAUAAGAAGAAAUCUUUCGGUCAGAUUGCAGCGGACCACUGGAGAGACACCGUCACGUGACCCCCGGUACCAAAUGGUCUUCCGGCAGUGGCUCUCAACAAGGACCGGAGCACAAGAAGACGCCGCCACUUCUCUCAGAAAUGCAGAAGACAACAUACUACGACAACUCCUCUGCGCUUUUUGGUGGCUACUCGUCCUACCAGGUGCAGGGGGCGGCAGCGGCAGCAGCAGCUGCCAACGGCUUUGGGGGCUACGAUGCACCGGUCCCAGUGUCCCACCAUCAGCCGGCCUUCCAGUCAGCGACCCAUCUGGAUGUGGAUUCGUACCAGCGCUCGGCCUGCUCUUUACAGUCACUGGGCAGUAACAGUGGCCACCAGCAGCAGCAGCAGCAGCUAGCCAAGACCAAGGAGCUGAAUGGCAGCUGCAUGCGGCCCAGUCUGCCGCCUGAGCACCACCCCGGCUCCCAGGUGUCCCCCCCACUGCCCCCCAACCCCAGCAACGGCAAUACUGGGGCUCAGCAGCCGGGGGGCAGUGCUGGGGCCUCCUCGGCCUCUAAAUCAGGCCCCAAUAAGUUGUCUAAUUCUUCCUCCUCCACAUCGUCCUCCACAUCGUCCUCCUCCUCCUCACUGCCCCCCAACCCGACGAUGGCCAAGCAGAUCUUUCCCUGGAUGAAAGAGUGUCGACAGGCGACCAAGCAGAAAAACUGUUCCCCCAGCAACAACUCUGGCAACGCGUCAGGAGGAGCUGAGAGUGGCAGCAGCGGGGAGAAGAGUCCUACGGGCGGGUCGUCAGCGUCAUCCAAGCGGGCUCGUACGGCGUACACCAGCGCCCAGCUGGUCGAGCUGGAGAAGGAGUUCCACUUCAACAGGUACCUGUGCCGGCCGCGGCGCGUGGAGAUGGCCAACCUGCUCAACCUGUCCGAACGCCAGAUCAAGAUCUGGUUCCAGAACCGACGCAUGAAAUACAAGAAGGACCAGAAGUCCAAGGGCCUGAGCUCCAGUUCUGGAGGGCCCUCACCGACCGGCUCCCCACCCCUGACCAUGCAGUCCUCCGCCAGCUUCCUCAACUCAAUGCACCCCAUGGGAGGGGGAGGUGGGGGAGGUGGAGGAGGCUACGACGUCCCCUCUCCGCCAUCCUUUGGCAAGCCCCACCAGGGAGUGUCUUACUCCAUGUCCACUGCCUACUCCAAUGUCCCCAUGAAGGGCUGCCCCCCCCAACAGAAGUAUGGCGCCCCAGACCAGGACUACGGCGACCCCCAUCCUCACCACGGCCUCGUGCAGGCCAACAACGCUGGCUACGGGACUCCCACCAGUAUGCAGGCCAGUCCAGUCUACGUGGGGGGUGGCAGCUAUGUGGAACCCAUGCCUGGCUCGGGGCCCUCCAUGUACGGGCUAAACCACCUCGGCCCCACGCCAACCCACCAUCAAACCAUGGACUACAAUGGCGCGGGGCCUAUGUCGGCCACCAACCAGCACCACGUGGGCGGAGGGGGCCCCCCGGGUCCCUGUGACCCGCCCACCCACCCGACGUACACCGAGCUGUCGGCGCACCACACCUCGACUCAGGGCAGAAUCCAGGAAGCACCCAAGCUCACUCACCUGUAGCAGGUUUGGAACAAAAUGACAACGUAGGAAAUAGCGAAGACGACACAGAACAUGUAAGACGACGCGACUCACUAACAGACUAACUAACACGUGGGGACUCUACUGCUGCAACGGGACGGCAGGAGAGACCAAAGGAGACAGACAGGAGCCAUCCAGUCGUUUGUCCCGUGCUCUAAAGCCACAAAGGGGAGCAAUCAGCGUUUGGUGUUGCCCAACCCACCCCUGUUUCACUGCCUUCUGAUUAGGGCUAGAGCUUUUACUGUUACCUUUAAAGUGCAGGUAAUUUAAUUUAAAAAUGACAAAGGUUGUGCCGAUUAUCAAGUAGCAGCGACGAACCAUUCAUGUUGCCAAAAGAGACAAUUAAAGGCACAUCUCUGCUAAGUAGUGAAAUCAAUGGUAGUUGCAAAAACAUUUCCAAGGAUUUUUUUUAAGCCGGGACCAAACUUACUAACUUACUCUCUGCUACUGAAACCUUACAUCAUACAGGAAAUGAGGAAACCAAACUUUUAAACCAUUUAACAAUGCAUUAUCAUUUAGUUUUGACAAAAAAUUGUUAAUUUAACUUACACAUUCAAAAGUGCUUAAUGUUUUCUUAUACAUUAUCAGUGAUUGAGUUUUCAUUUUAGAACUCUUGGUUUCUUUUACCCAUGUUUACACAUUUAACAUCGACCUUUUUAGAGCAAUUUACACUCUUAAGAGUCCCAGGCCAGUGAAGCAUAUUGUAAGCGUGGGAGAAGAAGUGUCCAGUCAAUUGUCUCCCAUGUCCCCCCGGGGACAAUAAAUGUCAGGAAGCUCAUCUUGUGGCACUGGUGCAGAGAAAUAUCGGCAGCUGUAUGGCAUAACAGGAUCUAUGGUGAGAGCGCCAUUGUUUAGUCAGUAUUCAUUAGACUGGUAAUCUACUUCACGGUCAAUCAGAAAACUGCAAUACAGACGACUGUACUCAAACAGAGCAGAAGUCAGUUUUUCAUUAAAAAUAUUUCUCAGAAUGCCCCCCAAAAAACCCCUAAUAUGAAAGAACAAUCUAUAGGUUACUCAGCAAAAUAAUUUCAAAACAAUUUUUGCGUGGGCGGAGCACAUUGCAGCAGUAGCUCAGCUAGCAUGGCGUUAGAGCUAGUACGGGGUGUAAAAUUGUACUUUGAUAAUAAAAUAUUCCCCCUUAAGACACACAUAUACAAACAGCUCUCCCGCCCGCUAAAUGAAAUCGUCGAGAUUUGAAUGGGCAGUUAACGAGGUGGUUAGAUUUAUGACGCUGAGCUCUCUCCCCCUCUAGGCAACACAUGUUGUUGUCAGCCGAGCUGAGCUAUGUGGAGGCCUCUGCCUCUCCAUCAGCAGGAGAGAGAGAGAGAGAGAGAGAGAGAGAACACAAAUAUAUGACUCGAGCUGGCAGUACUCGUCUGUCCUCUGUUCCUCCUCUGUUCCACGAAGCACAUAAAAACCACUGGAUGCUCUCCCCUUGAGCUGUCUCUCUUUGCCUCCUGCCGUACCCGUCUCUGUCGGUCCAGACUGAAUCACUACUAACCCUCCGUCUCUUGUCUGUGGCAGCAGCACAUGGCUUCUGAAGGAGGCAAAAAUCCCCACAAUCCGCCACAGACCGCACCCCCCCCCUCUCUCACACACACACACACACACAUACACAUCCAUCACCCAACUCACCACCCCUCCCAUCAAUCUAACAGGGUUUAAGAAGCUACAAGCUCAAAGGCUAAACUAGCUCCCAUAGACACGCAUCUGUGCUAAGCUACGCUAGUUCAUCACAGCCUCCACACACACACACACACACACACACACACACACUCACUCACACAGCAAUGCUAAGCUAGCUUCCUUUCGUUGACAUAUCCACAGCCAGGUUACGCCAGCUGUUGACAUCUUUAAACAAACACAAUGAGAGGACAUGGAAGAGACAUUUUAAUGUUCUUAUUUUUAGCACAUCAUCGACACAGGGUAAAUAAUAAGAGUGAAGAACACAAUUUAUUUAUGUUUGGGUAAGUUAUUACCCUCCUCUCUCUCUCUCUCUCUCUCUCUCUCUCUCUCGCUCUCUCUCUCUCUCUAUCACUUUGGAAGGGUUCACUUGCAUUAGCGGACACCAAUGCGAAGAAGUCCACAUUUUAUAUUGUUUUCUUUUGUUCUCACAUAUCUUGACUUUUAACGUGGAUACAGGGUAUAUAUUUGAACAAAAAUGCAUGUCCCAGAAAUCAGAGAGGAUGUGUAUCACACAUUUUUAAAACAACUAGGUUGAUUUGUUUAAACGGUCAGUGAGUGGAGUUUUGGGACAUCACACACGUCAGGCUGUUUCAGCCUGCAGUGUUCAAGCUGUGUGGAGUUGACCCCCCCCCCCACUACUCUCUCUCUGCCGUUCUGGAAAUCAACCUUUGGUAAUAGUUUUUUUAAAAGUGCAGAUUUACACAAACGCUUUCCACAUCUGGGCAUCAUUGUUGCACUUAGAGUUUACAUUUUGAUGGUUAAAAGGAAAAAAAUAAUAAUGAUAAAAUCUUAUUUUGAAGACGGUAGGCCCUCCAAUCAAAGCGUCUUUCGCCAAUGUGUGUUCAAGUGAACAUUCAUAUAUAAAUAUUUAUUUGUUAUAGCCAGUUUAAAAAGACUUUCUGUUUUGUAUUAUUAUUAUUAUUAUUUAUCCUUCAUGUAUUUAUAUCGAGAAAAAAUACUGUACUUUUUUAGUAUUUACCUGUUAUGAAAGAAAAAAAAAACAUUGUGUUUCUUCUUGUCCCUUGUACUGAAGUUACAUUUUUUAGUUCUUGUAUUUUAGAAGAAAAUAAGUAGUUUUUAUGUUCCUAUAAUGACCCUUGUACAUACAUGUCUUGGCUUGUACAGGGAAAAAGGCAUGGGUGGGGAUUGGUGACCCAUCCGUGCAUAGUCUGAAAAUUUAGACAAACUAUUAGCUGGAAAAAAAGAACGAGUCUUUUUGGAGAAAAACAACUUCUUUCUUUGUCCUUUGUAGCUCCUUUUUCUUUCCUUGUUGAGAGAGUUGUCUGUUGAACAAUUCUUUAAUAAAAUGUUAUGUUAUUCAGA